GUUCACGCUGCAGUCCAACAAACCGGCUUCAAGCGCGUGAAGAGAGGGUUUCGUCCCUCCGCCUUCCCGAGACCGUUCCGCUGCCGAGCCCCGCGACCCCUACUUCCCCUUGCAAUGGUACUUGAAGAACACCGGCCAGAAUGGCGGAAAACCCAAACUCGACUUGAACGUGGAAGCUGCGUGGGCGCAGGGGUAUACCGGGGUUAAUGUUACCACUGCUAUUAUGGAUGACGGAGUGGACUACAUGCAUCCAGACCUCAAAUAUAAUUAUAACGCGGAGGCUUCCUAUGACUUCAGCAGCAACGAUCCGUUCCCCUAUCCGAGAUAUACGGACGAUUGGUUCAAUAGUCACGGGACGAGAUGCGCGGGAGAAGUGGCAGCGGCGAGAGACAACGGCGUGUGCGGCGUGGGCGUCGCGUACCACUCCAAAGUUGCUGGUAUCAGAAUGCUGGACCAGCCCUACAUGACUGACCUGAUCGAGGCUAACUCCAUGGGCCACGAGCCCCAUAAGAUCCACAUAUACAGCGCGUCGUGGGGGCCCACGGACGAUGGGCGGACGGUGGACGGACCCAGGAACGCUACUAUGCGGGCCAUAGUGAGAGGAGUUAAUGAGGGUCGAAACGGCCUCGGCAAUAUCUACGUAUGGGCCAGUGGAGACGGCGGUGAGGACGACGACUGCAAUUGUGAUGGUUACGCUGCUUCCAUGUGGACAGUUUCCAUUAAUAGUGCAAUAAACGACGGUCAAAACGCGCACUACGACGAGUCCUGCUCCUCCACACUGGCCAGUACGUUCAGUAACGGGGCUCGGGACCCCAGCACUGGGGUCGCCACCACCGAUCUGUAUGGGAAGUGCACCGCCACACAUUCGGGGACGUCUGCCGCCGCGCCUGAGGCUGCCGGAGUGUUCGCUUUGGCUCUACAUGCUAAUCCCAAUCUAACUUGGCGCGAUAUUCAACACUUGACUGUAUUGACGUCGAAGAGAAACUCUCUUUACGAUGCAAAGGGUCGGUUCCACUGGACAAUGAACGGCGUGGGGCUGGAGUUUAACCAUCUGUUCGGGUUCGGAGUGCUGGACGCGGGCGCGAUGACGGCGCUGGCUGCUAACUGGCGCUCCGUGCCCCCCCGGUACCACUGCGAGGCCGGCUCUGUUAAUACUCAUACUGAGAUCCCGGUAGAGGGCAGUAUAACGUUGAAGAUUGACACCACGGCGUGCGCGGGCUCCGGAAGCGAGGUGCGGUACUUGGAACAUGUGCAAGCUGUCGUCAGCGCUAAUGCUUCUCGACGCGGGGACUUGGAGUUCUUCCUGACUAGCCCUAUGGGGACCAGAUCUAUGAUACUGAGCAGACGGGCAAACGACGACGACUCCAGGGACGGAUUCACAAAAUGGCCCUUCAUGACCACGCACACGUGGGGAGAGUACCCACAAGGGACAUGGACACUAGAGGCACGGUACAAUAAUGGCGGCGAUACAGGAGCGGACUCAGGGUGGUCGGGGUGGGUGCGCGGCUGGUCACUCGUCCUGCACGGGACCCGCGCGCCCCCGUACGCACAAUUACAACCGCAAGACCCCCACUCUAAGCUCGCCGUCGUGAAGAAGGCGCACGAAGACAACGCACUCAAUAAGUAGUGACCCCGAGCCCCCACAGUUUAAACGGUCACAUUCUUAUUUCGGACCACUCAAUGAGAACUAAUAAAUUUUACGUUGCAAGCUCUUUCGUAAGUUAGAAUUUCCGAUGAUUUAUAUUGGUAUACAGAGUGCGGUAUUCUUGUUUUAAAUUAUGUAAGAAAAAAUGGAAUUUAUAGUAAUGCUGCCAAAACUAAUAUUUUAAGCAGCUUCGUAAAAGAUUAGGACGAUACGGGCGUAUUCUAUGAGUAUAAAUCGAUUGAACUAGGGGAUUUUGGACCAAUACUUCCUGUCCUGAUUGCGUCCCUGGUUACAUUUACAAGUUGAGAUCAUUAAAAUAUGUAAUAAUAACCUUUUAGUAGUGUGUUACUUGUAAAGAGAUUAUAUACACGAGAAGUGUGAUUACGUUAAAAUAAUUUCUUUGUAGCUUGUACUUUCGAGGUACAAAUGUUUCAAGGAAAACUGUUAUUUAUUUUGUCAAUUUUAGUUGAAAAAUUGUUCUUACUUAUUCAUAAAUUAAGUUUAAAUUUAUGUAACAAAAACGGUUAAUUCCACAAUGGCAAACGUAUAACUUGAUCGGUAGGUACAAGUAAUAAUUCUAACUUUAUUAGUCUUUAGUUUGUAUACAUAAAGACAAGUUUUUUUUUAAUUAACGGUUUUUAAAUGCUGCUUACAGCACGAUCAAAGUAAAAAAUAUUUGAUGUAUAAUAAUUUAACUCACCACGGUAUAAUUAUAUUUUUAUUAGCUUUAUUAUUAUUCUUGCAUUACAGAUCAAAUAUUUUUUUCCGUAAACGUUAAUUGAUUUAAUUUGGCGUAUAAUGGAUAGCUCUGGUAUAUAAGCGGUUUUGUAAUGGCAAAUUAAAUAAUAUAAUAAAUAUACCAUACUGGUGAUAAAUGUCUAAAAAUAUGCUUAGAUUUUUGUAAUAUUCAUUAGCAUGCACAUGGAGAGAAUUAGUGUAAUAUUCUCACGAUAAAAUAAUCAAUGUAUUUUGUUCCAUGGCUUGGAAUUGAAAUCAAAUUUACCUUCGUCUAGUCAUUAAUUUUAACUAUCCUUAAUUUAGUAAGUUUCAGUUCCAAGCCAUAAAUUAAAAUGUUUUCAAAAAUGUUGUUCAUCUUCAAUACCUAAGCUAGGAAAUAAUUGAAUAUAGCAUACAACAUAUCAAAUUAUGUCGAAAACCCGAUAUAUCUGACGAAAAUACGACUACAUACUUUAUAAUGAAGUUGAGCAAGAUUUAAUUAAUGUUUUUAUUUUCAUGCUUUAUUUAUUUUAUUUACGAAUAGCUUCUUCGUUCAUUUAUGAUUACAAAUUGAUUUAAGGUAUUUAAAGCAUGUAACAAAAUAUUUUAUCUAGACGAUAUUUUUCAAUUUAUUUAACGAGUUAAUUGUAGACUGCUAAAUGUUUAAAAUACAAGAGAGAUAAAGAAAGAACAUGAGAUUAAAGCAAAUGAAUGGAACUAUUACAUAUUUAUGUAAAAAAAAGCCACAAAAUAUCUAUUUUGAUUAUAAUUCGAUAAAUGUAAAGUGGUAGAUUAUAUAAACGCAGUGGGAAUAAAUUUAGGCCCGGUUGCAUUUGCGGAGAGGAGCUGAAUUGCGCAGAGAACGGAGGAGCAGCCAGUCUGGUUCCAACACAUAACGAAGAUGUGUGUUAGAAUAGAACAGCUGUCUCUAAAUAUUAAGGCAAGACAACAUUUCAGAUCAUUAGGCCACGGAAGAGAGUUAGAAGGGAAUGUGUCGCCGCACACUGCGCAUAUACUUUGCGCAUGCAAUAGAAAUGUAAGCAAAUGACAUCUCAUGGGUCGUUUACAAAAUAUCUCUACUCUUUGCUUCAGUGAAAACCGGGUCUAAUCUAGUUUCUUAUAUUUACUUUAUUCGAUAGAUAUCUCUUAUUUUCACUUCAUUUGUUGCAGUUAGGAUUUAUCGUAGUAUACAAUUAACUCGAAACGUCAAAACGCUAAGUAAGUUUAGUUAUUCAAAUGGUCUUGAUUUAACCCAGCUAAAUGAAGCUCAUUUGAACAUUUGUGUUUAUAGAGAGCGGGGCGGCGCGCGUCGUCCCCUCGAGUUAGUUUAUUACAAAUUAUAUUAGAGAAUUAUCGUUAAAAUUAAGAUUUGAUGAAAGUAUUUACAUACCACGAUUACUUCCCUUGGGGCCCAGCGAAUGUACACGGUUAUUUAUCAAGUUCUUACGUAUAUUUUCUUAAAGAGAAUUAAAUACACUAAUAAAAAUU